UUGUUUAAGUUGUUUUGAGGCUAUUUAGUCGAGUUCGGCAACGCAAAAUGGCGACGAGUUCGGAAAUGGAACAUGGCACUAAAAUCAAAAUAGGCAUUCUAACAGCCAGCGACUCCUGUUUUGAAGGCAAAGCAGAAGAUAAAAGUUCAGCAAAUUUAAAGAUUCUUAUUGAAGACAAGAAAAUUAUCCCUGGCAAGGUGGUUGUUCAGUCCUGUGUGCCAGAUGAUAUUGAGCAGAUAAAGGAAAAGCUGACAAUAUGGAGUGAUGCCCUAAAGCUUGACCUUAUCCUGACCACUGGGGGGACAGGGUUUGCUCCCAGGGAUGUUACACCAGAGGCUACAAAGAGCAUUCUGCACAAGGAAGCACCAGGGAUGACCAUAGCCAUGAUUAAAGCCUCCUUGGAUGUCACUCCCUUAGCUAUGUUAUCAAGGCUUGUUUGUGGAACAAGAGGAAGCACCUUGAUUAUUAAUUUACCUGGAAGUAAAAAAGGUUCUCAGGAAUGUCUGGAGUUUGUAACACCUGCCAUUCCCCAUGCUGUGGACUUGCUCCAAGGAAAUAAGGAGAAUGUGGUCACAACACACACCCAUCUGCAGGCAGAGACAACCCCAUCUGCUGCUCCUGUUUCACAUACCCAACAUCACCACCAGGGGGAGCAUCAUCACUUAGGACACCAAAGUUCAGUUGAUGACACUAAAGUGGCCCUGCGUGCGAGAGAGUCCCCGUUCCCUCUGAUAACAGUGGAAGAAGCUGUGGACAUGGUCCUUAGCGAGGCCCCAGUACUAGGGGUAGAGAAAGUGUUUUAUAAAGAUGCUUUGGGAAGGAUCCUUGCUGAAGACGUAUAUGCCAAGGAUCCUCUGCCCCCAUUCCCAGCCUCUAUCAAAGAUGGCUACGCUGUAGUGGCUGCUGAUGGAGCAGGUGAUAGAAUCGUCCUGGGGGAUUCCACAGCUGGUUCUGUGCCAAAAGGAGAAGUUAUCCCAGGCUACUGUAUCCGUAUCAGCACAGGUGCCCCUAUCCCCAAGGGUGCCGAUGCCGUGGUGCAGGUAGAAGACACCAAACUUCUUAAAGACGCAGACGAGGGCAGAACUGAACUAGAAAUCAGUCUCCUUCAGGCACCUGUCAUAGGACAAGAUAUCAGACCUGUGGGCUUUGACAUAAAAGCUGGUGAAAAGAUUCUUGCCAAAGGUAUCCGACUUGGUCCUUCAGAACUGGGACUAGCAGCAACAGUUGGAGUAGUGAAGUUGAUGUGCCAUAUGUUUCCUGUAGUUGGGGUUCUCUCCACAGGCAAUGAGCUUGUCGAGCCAGAGGCAAAACUGAGACCAGGGCACAUCAGGGACAGCAACAGGACAACUUUGCUGGCAGCUCUGAAGGAACAUGGCUUCCCAACGGUAGAUUUAGGAGUGGCAAAAGACAGACCAGAGUCCCUCCUUGAGCACCUGAAAAAUGCUUUAAGACGGACGGAUGUGAUAGUAACCAGUGGUGGAGUGUCCAUGGGGGAGAAGGACCUUUUGAAGCAAGUCCUCCAUGUUGAUUUGCAAGCACAUAUGCAUUUUGGAAGAGUUUUCAUGAAGCCUGGAAAACCAACAACAUUUGCCACAGUUACUAUAGAUGAUACCAAAAAGUUAUUUUUUGGUCUCCCUGGAAACCCUGUAAGUGCCAUAGUUACCUGUAACCUGUAUGUGAUUCCUGCCCUGAACAAGAUGAGUGGCUAUCCAAACCCAAGGAGAACAGUUAUUAAAGCUAAGAUCUCGUCGGAUAUUCAGUUAGAUUCUCGCCCUGAGUACCACCGAGUCGUGCUGUCUUGGCGUGAAGACGACCCGGUACCCUGGGCCAGCAGCACGGGGAGCCAGAUCAGCAGUCGGUUACUGAGUAUGUGCAGUGCAAACGCAUUGCUGAUGCUGCCGCCAAAGACUAAGGAACAGAAGGAAAUGAAAACCGGGGAUGUAGCAGAGGCAAUUGUCAUUGGCAGGCUUUAAAACCACAGGUUGGAACGGCUUUGUUUACUGCGAACAGUACGAAAAUUCACUUUUUUCCUCCGAGCUGGGAGAGAUUCUAAUUUAUUAACAGAUACAUGAACAACCACUUGCUGUCUGAUAUUAUGGGAGGAUGCGCAAUAACGAAGUUUAUAAUCAAAAAAAUUGUGACCGUGCUCGUUUGAUAGAGCAAUGUUCUAGCAGCUACUGGUCACGGUUAACAGUUAUUCUUGCUGUUAAAUGGAGGGUGGUAUCUUGUUUAACCCACGUAAACCUCCUUAAGCUAUGCAAGGCCACGAGAUUGGACUAUCACUUACUCAAAAACAAAUUCAUUAGCUGAUCAAAAUAAAGAUAUUUAGCAAAUUUGUUUUGAAAACACAAACUUGGAUUCAGAGCGGCAUUAGAUGCUGAAAGAGCAGCCCGCCAGUACUUCGCGACUAUGACCGGUAGAACAAGUAUAUAUUUCGUCGGUAAACUACUGUUUGCUGUAGGCAUGUGAUUUGUGCGUUUCUCUUAAAGUCGAAAUAACAGAAAACCGGCCAUUUGCGUCACUUCAACUGUUGAAUGCCACGGUGGCCGCUUUCCUGAUCCGCGUGCCGCUUUACACCUAAUGUGUGGUCGCCAUGAUCAAUAACAUAACAAAGUAGCACUUUUCGUCCUUUGAAGAGGAAAAAUAUGGGCUCGAAGUAGAAAACAAUUAUUUCACUACAUUCACAAUUUGAAUUCGCGUGUUCACGUAAGCAGGUGCUUGCCAAAAAGGCGUCCAUGAAUAAACGUUAAUAGUGUUGUUAAGCGAUUACAGGGCCUUUCUUGAAUUCUCGUGUGGUCUUUGAUCACUGACUGCACGUAAAAUAGCGUAAAAUGUACAUGCAUAGAUGGAACUUUUGAAUUUUCUGCUGUGCCAGAUUGUAUUGGACAGUGCUGGGGCACCUCUAACAGCGGUCCUUGGCCAUCGCAAUUUUACCAUUUCUCCCAUGGUUAAAUGUAUUGUUUCUUGACGCCAUCCUCCCACGCAUCACGCAUGCCCGCCCCUUUGUAUUGCAUCUCGUAAAGUUAAUAUGAGGUUAUGGCAUUAAUAGAUUAACUUUGAAAUAUUAAGUAUAUAAAUUUUUAACAUUUACAGGUUGUCCUAUAUCCCCUGUGCAAUCUCGAAUAGGCAAUCUCGGAUAGGCACUCCGACAUGUACGCCCAUAUAAGGCCACCUAUAAUGUUAGAUCACAUAAAAAAAAGAAACUGAGAUGCGGUCAAGAUCAAACGAAUUAGUGUAAUCUAGGGGGUGAAUUGCCUUUUCAGUUUCCCAGCAACUGUACACCUUUGUUCCAGCCAUUGUCUUGUAUACUAGAACUGCUGAACACUGCUGGAAUAUUGUCAAGCUCUUCCCGCUUUUUUGCGUGUUCUCAUCGCCUCUAAACCACAGGUAAUUAGAAGUUAACACGGGGAAUCUGAUUCAAAACCAAAAGAACAAAUAAACAAAUAAUGGACGCCUUGGGUAUGUAUUUUGGCAACCUUUGAUCAAUCAACGUACACCUUGAAAGCCAUUGUAUGGGAAAGAUAAUUCAAUUGGUUUACUCUGUCUUCCCGAAUUUGCUGUGGAUUGUGUUCCAUUUCGUCCCAUUAUUAGGCCUCGACUUUUUAACUUUUUGAGGGUCUUGACUCUGGUGAAAAAGUAACCUGGGAGAUUCCCAGAAUGCGAAAAUGGGCGAUUAAUGGUGUGGGGGCAUCAAAAUGUGGGAAUUAGAUCGUUUUGCGUAACUGAAUUGGAUAGGAUUACUUAGGACAACAAUGUCUUUGAAACGAACCGUUUAAUAAAAGCACAGAAACCGAUUUAUAUAUUCUGUUUUUGUUUUUUAGAGUACAAUAAACAAAAAGUUAACGUCAUUUAUUAGUUUCAUAUAUUUGCAUUUUGUGAGGGUGAGAAGCCCUCUAUUAAGUAUAUGUUGUUUCACUUUGUUGGUAAAGGGAACCGUUUUGAAUUAGUUUCACGUAUGUGUUCGAAACGUAGCCAUCUUUGAAAUGAUAAUAAUCAGGUGCCUUCUUUGGGAUUUAUCAAAACAAAUCGGAACAAUUUUCAUAUCUGAGAGUCCGACAUGCUUGACCGGUGAAAAGUUCUUAGUAGUUUUCCAGCCCUGUCAGGAGGGUCUUCACCCUCUCUUCCCUUGCUGUUCUGUAUAGUACUGGGGUAGAAAAUUGUGAUAUUUGUGGGAGAUUAAACAAUGCUCUAACGAUAUCAAAAUACACAGGAUUUUUAGUCAGAGUUGACCACCCGGACACCCAGAGUUCUUGCGGCGUUUCUCCCCCAUUCCAGUAUGGUAUUUAGGAUAUAGCGUUACACGACAGUCUUUGCUUGAUCUUGGAAAUGCAAGGUGAAGUUGUUGUACAACUUUGACAUUAGUCUUUAGUAUGGGUUAAGAUAGAACCUUUCGCUUCUCACCGAGCGUAAGUCGAUGAGUACUUAAGCGCUACCAUUAUAUAAGUUGGUGUAGAGUGCUGUUAAAAACUGUGCUAAGUAUUUAGGGACUUAACACUGUGACACCAAAUUGCAAUUUAGCAACAACACUAAUUUUACCUUAUGGACUCUUUUCCGCGUUAUCCUCGACUUUGUAUUGGAUUUGUCCUUAAAUGCGAUGACACGGCGAUGCAAUUUUGCAAUUUAUCUUGAGAUUAAAUUUUCAUCAAGUUUGUGGUCAAUGCGUGGGACCAGCUUAGUAUAAUAGGGCUAUUCUCACAUGGUAUUGCGGAAAGGCAUUGUUUUUUCGGCAUUGUGUUAUUGCAGAUAAUCGCCGAUAAGUGUGCCUUAUGUCGCAAGUCACUUAAAAUAAUUUUUAAAUUAAGGAAGUCAUUAUCUGUCUAGCAAGUCCAUCACACUAGUUAUACACUCAAUGGGUAAGUUACAUGUAAAAUGCAUCGUUUGGAACAUUACUAAAUGUACCUUUGGGAACAACUAGCGUCACGUUUUGAAUAUA